AUGUCGGCACAAGCAGCGGCCCUCCAAGACAGUUGCGCUGAUUUCCAAGCCCCACCACAACCCGCAGAGUUCUGCACAGUCGACAGGGUGGAUUGGAGACAACCAUACAUGGAUUUCAUCCAAAAUGGCAAAUUACCCAGCGACAGGAAAACGGCUCUAAGAAUUCAAAAGAAAGCGGCGCGUUUCUUCAUGCAUGAGAGGAUCAUGUACCGCAGAAGCUACAGUAACGCGGUACUAAGGUGCUUAUCAGCCAAGAAGGCUGCUGAAGUAAUGAAUCGUUCACACAAUACAGAACAUCAAGCAAUGCGGAAGUUGUUCCUGCAACUCUAUGAUGGCGGGUUUUACUGGCCCACCAUGGAAAGUGAUAUCAACUGCCAAACACAUGGGAACAUAAUCAGAAAUCCCCACACCCUACUGCAUAGCAUGGUAACGCCAUGGCCAUUCCACGGUUGGGAUUUAGACAUUAUAGGAAAGAUCAACCCGAUGUCCUCGAAACGCCAUAAGUAA